UUUCUCGUUGUAGAAGUGACAUUUGUUGUUUGGUAAGAAGAUUAUGGCUAUGAAAGGUAGCAAAUGCGCCGUUCCAGGUUGUUCGAAUUAUAAAUUACAAAAGGAUAAAUCAUUUUAUAGAUUUCCCAAGGAUAAGGAGCUAUGUAAGCAGUGGGUAAUUUUAACUCAGAAACCCGGUUUAGCUGAAGUGUUCAAAAGCCGAGGGCCAGAAUAUGUUUAUCGAACGUACACUGUAUGCUCGGACCAUUUUCAGGAAAAAGAUUUCCGGAACAAGAUAUGGUUAAGCCAAGGUCUUUGGCGUGGUGCAAUACCUUCGCGGUUGUUACCCAAACCUAAACAAACUUUACCAAACAGUGGAAGAAAUGGGGAAGUGGCGACAGUGUUAAGUGAUACGAACAGUGUACAAAAUGAUUCAGCCCCAAAUCAAAUGGCGAGGGGAUUCUCUCCAGAACGGGAGUCAGCAGAAAUAUACUUUGCAGAAAAUCAGUAUUGUGUUCAGAGUUGUACGCCAGAACCUCACCAGCCAUGUGACAGUAUAACUGUGAAGGUGGAACAGGAGCCUGAAUGUGGAGGGAACUCCUGUGAUAAGCACAGACCACAGGAACCUGAAUACAUAGAAGUUAAGGGCGAGCCGCUCGAGGAGGAGGAGGAGGAAGCUACUGAUGAGGGUGCCACAGAACAGGACUCUCUGUGUUUCUGAUGAACAUUCUCCUCAGAGCUGAACUGUCUACAUUUGUGGUCCGAAUGUGACCGUAACUGCAGGCUGGGAGGGAGCUGCACUCUGGAACUGCAGCUGCCGGAGUGUGGAACUUCACAGGUCUCCGUAAAGGAGGGGGGACAGCCUGGGUAGUUGUGUGUCAGAUGUGAUGAAGCUGACAGACCUGAGAGAAGAAAGCCACUGCAAACUGGAGAGAGGUCAUCUCCAGCAACGGCCACAGUGAAGUCUUCUUCUAUGCAUUUGAUGUGUGUACAUAUGACUAUGGUUUUUACUCCUCCGUAUGUAUUUUCCAUUUUUUAUUUCCUCAUUUGGGGAAAUAUUCCCACUUUUCUAUUUCAUAUGUUCAGGUACCAUCUUAGCUAAAAAUAAAUGCAGAAGUUUUACUGUCUUUGCAUAGGGUUGCCAUAAUCAGAGGACGAAAAUCGAGGACAAAAUUCGGUGAUUAUAAAGAUGUGCUUGAAAUGCGGACCGAUAUGUUGUGCAAGUGACCAUUGGUUUGCAUUUCACUUGAAUCUUAGACAUUACUUUACAGUGGUAAUUAUGAAGAUGUGGUUGAAACUUGGAAUCACACAAUGUCCUUUCAUCUUUCUGCACAUAAUUCAAACAGUAAUUCUGUCAGCAAAGAAGUUGUAAUUAACAACGAAAAUUAAUCCAAACAUUAAUGGUGUCUAUAAAGGAGUGGUCAAUGAUGAAGAAAAUUAAUUGCAGUUGACAUUAAAUAACUUUUUAAUUAAAGCACUGAACACAAAUUAUUAACAUGUAUACAAUCAUGCUGCUACAAUUGAUAUACAUCUUUCACUUUAUGCUUUAAACCAGUCAUAUUUCUCUGAGCCCUGGACAGAAGAUUCUGAAUCAGUCUAUGAAAAUCUGUGCAAUUUGUUUCUCAUGUUAUAUCGGAUUUGGAGCAUUGCAUUGACUGAUGUUAAAGCUGGUCUGUUUCUUUAUUCUGUCCAUUGUGCGUUCACUAGGGAAAACUCUUUCUUCACAUUGGCAUCAUGCCCUGGAAUGGAGAAAUAGUACUGCACAAUAGCAAUCAGUUCUGAAUACUGCUCUUUAGAUACACAAUCCUCAAAAAAUUUAACCCACUUUUUAUGAGACAUCAUGAAAUUCUGGUUAUCUUCCUUUGUAAGAAACCAUUUCAGUUUCACUAUCUGGUCAAAUAGCAAACUCUCGUCCACUUUGCAAGUUGUUUUCUUGCAUCCAUUUAAGUGUACAUUCAACUUUUUCCCAGUCAGGUAAAGCGUUCAACAGUAUCCAGUCAAAAUGUUCAAGUUCGGAUAAAGGCUUGCUCCAUUUUAUCGGAUAAUCUGUUACUGUCCGAUACAAUGCCAUGACAUCCUCUUGAAAUUUUGACUGCUGAUACUGGGAGAGAGUCAUGAAUUUACAUAUCUUUCGUUCCUCUAAAACAUGCACGAAGUUUUUAAGUUCCAACCUAAACUCAUUCACAGAGAUGUCCUCUUUCUCUAUGUUGGUGAUAGCCUUUUGAAAUAAACUCAUCUGAGCAAGCAGAAAGUGUAAAUACAUCUCUCCACAAGCAUCAGAAAAGACUUGUGAAUAUUUUGACACUUAUCGAGAGACAGGAAGUAUGAUUUAAGAGCAUAAAACAUGUAUAUGAAUCUUCCAAUUGCAGGAAAAAAGCUCAUUCACCUAGUUUUCACAUGCCUAAGUAAAUCUUUGAGUCAUAUGGAGGAAAUCACAAAAAUCCCUUAAAGCUGCUACCUUAAUAAUUAUACUUUGCACAUCUUGUGAAAGUAUGUUGGUUCCAUUUUGAAUAGCAUUAUGCAGUACAUGAACUGGGCAACCUACCGUAUUUACUCGAAUCUAAGCCGCACCUGAAAAAUGAGACUCAAAAUCAAGGGAAAAAAAAAAUUUCCCGAAUCUAAGCCGCACCUGAAAUUAGAGACUCUAAAUUCAAGGGGAGAGAAAAGUUUUAGGCAGCACCUCCAAAUCUAAACAAAGUUGGUCCAUUGUAAUAUGAGACACAAUUUAGGUCGAAUGAAUGACGAUACAGCUACAGUAGUUUGGUUCGAGUCGUAAGCUUAGCAGUUAAGCUUUACCAGGUAGCCAUUGCUACGCGUCAGGUGCUCCGUCCGUAUUUAUACGGAUACCCUUCCUUUUUCACGUGCUUA